CAAGUAUUUCUGUCAAAACUAGUUCAUCAUUUAAACUUUACCUCAACUGUGGUGUUUUCAGUCAUGAGCACAAAGUACACUGCACCGACAAGCAGACCUGCGGCCGCACCUGCUGCAGCUGAGAGCAACAAUAAUAAUAAUAUGUCCGAUAUUACAAAAGUAAAGCUUUGUUCUGGCCAUACACGUCCUGUCUGUCACAUAAAUUACAGUGAAAUCAUCAAUGGUACUUUUUGGUUUGUAACUUCAUGCCAUGAUGCAAAGCCUAUGCUUCGUAAUGGGCAAACUGGUGACUGGGUAGGGACGUUUGAGGGACACAAAGGUGCAGUGUUUUGUUCUGCAUUCAAUAAUCCUGCUACACGUCUAGUCACUGGUAGUGGUGAUUACUCCGCCAUGGUUUGGGAUGCAGUUAACGGGCAUAAGUUGCACUCCUGGAAUCAUCCUAAAUACAUCAAGUCUUGCGAUUGGAUGGAGAACAAAAUUGCCACUGGAUGCUUUGAUGGAGUAAUUCGUAUAUACGAUUCAAACAAGUACGAUGCGGAGCCGGUUUCUUUUGGAGAGCCGGAUGCUACUAAUGUCAAAGCUACUUAUUUCAUCGAUCCCAACACCAUGGUGACGUCGUGUGAAAACACUAUUCUAAAAUGGGAUUUACGUGAUGUCUCAGCUCCGUACUUACGCCUUGAGAUUCCUCGCCUAAACUUCCUGGAGUAUACCCAUCGCCACUCCAUAGUUGCUGCCCAUGAGAAGAGUAUCAGCUUUAUUGAUACCACCUCCCUGGAAAUCAAGAAUAGUUUCACCACUAGCGAAGGUGUGGAGUGUGCCUCACUUUCACCUAAUGGGCAAAAUGUAGCGGCAGGGUCUAAAUUGAAGGCAAAAGAGUUUACUAUUGAUGGAACAGAGUUAGAAUCUAAUCGUGGACACCACGGCCCAAUCUUUCAUAUACGCUGGGCCCCAGAUGGGAAUUCAUAUGCAACCGGCGCAGAGGAUGGAAUGGUGCGCGUUUGGCCAUCUCACGAGAUCAUCGAAAAGUAUGAGAGUGCUACUUAACGUUUGAAUUUCUAAAAUUCUCUCCUUUCUAUGUAUAAGGGGGACGGAAAAGAUGCAGACAAAAAAAUGAAAAUGAAAAUAGAGGCCAAAAAAGUCAAAUGCACCCACAUUCUCCUCAACUGUUGAAUCAGAUACUGUUUUGGAGAGUAAGCACUGGGGUCGAAAUAAGUGAGGGAAUAAUGAGGAUGAAAUGUCUGAAUGCUUCUCUCUAAAGCCUGGUGUUUUAGUAUUAACAAUAAUAUUAGUAAUUAGAAAAUUUUUA